GCGAUCAAUCGCGGAGUUCUGUCGGUUCUGUGUUGUGUUGGGCGUGCUGGAUAUGCGUGUUGCCGUCAUUGCCGUCGUUUGAAGUGAACUGUGAACUUAUGAUGUCCAGUUUCUUUCUGCUGCUUCGGAAACGCCUACAGAGCCUCAUAUAGCGUUCGCGGUCCGUUGUCCCCGCAGUGGAUAAGGCCCUCCACCCUCGGAGAAUGGUCAGGGGUCGAGGCACUGCGGGGUGCGUGCGUUAGGUUUCUCGGAAGCACAACGCCCUGUGCCGAUCCCUGUCGAGGAGCUCCCAUUUUGCAAUGGCCGGACACUUCCGAUACUCGGUAUGGGAUCCGCUUCUCAUCAUAUCCCAAAUGGUCACGCUGCAGUGCAUGUACUACGUGGGACUGGGCUUCUGGAUUUGCUUCCUCGACGUCCUCACGGGGCAAAUGCUCUCUUUGGACCAGCUGUUUGCCUAUGAGGCGGUGCACAUCAAGGACAUCCGAGGACGCUGCAUCAUAGGAUCGUACAUAAUCAAUUCACUUUUUGGGUCUGUUGGACUGUGGUACUUCGUCCAGAGAACGAAGCAGUGCCUGGACUUUUCGUGCACGGUUCACUUUUAUCACUUGCUGGCCUGCUGGGUGUACAACGGUGCAUUCCCGCACACCCUGUCGUGGUGGCUGCUCAACACGGCAUGCGUGACCGUCACGUGCGUGUGUGGCGAGUUUCUGUGCAUACGGACCGAGAUGAAGGCCAUCCCCCUUAGUCUGUCCCCCAAGGCAGACCUGUGAUGGGUGCCGUGAUGUAAUGGGAAGGCACACUAUUUAUUUCAGGGUUACCCUGUUCAGGCAAUUGGAGACACACCAGUCUAGUUUUUAGGCAUUGCUAGGUAAUAAAGCAUGUACAUGUUCA